UUCCAUUUUGCACUCAAGCUAAAAUCUUGUUUGAUCUCCCAUAAAACAACACCCCCAAGUAGCUAUGCUACCAAUUCUUAGCCGGUGACAUUACAAGUAAUUUCAGUAUCUGUACUAAUGGCCGAAGCUGCUGUAGAGUUUCUUUUGAACCAACUAUCAGCGGUGAUCCGUGACGAGUGCUCACUCUUGGGAGGGAUCAGAGAAUAUGCAGAAGACAUCAAGAAUGACCUGAGUCGUCUAAGGGCAGCUUUGAGAGUUGCUGAUGAGAGGGAAGAAAUUGAUACCCAAGUUGAAGCUUGGGUGAAGAUAGUCCGGGAGCUGGCUUAUGACACCGAAGAUGUUCUUGACGAGUUCCUGUUCCGCUUUGGAGGUGGCCGGACCCGUGGAGGUUUCUACACUAAGAUCAACAACAUAUACACUUCCGUCAAGAACUUGAGAGCUCGACGCAGGCUCUCUGUCGCACUGCAAAAUAUCAAGGACAAACUCAACCAAAACUCCCAAUAUCAGCCAAGCUUACCAACAAGCACUGUUCACAACCAACAAUUGCAUGGCCGAGGGGAUACCGGUAUUCCAGAAGAGUCGGAUCUGGUAGGUUUUAAAAAUUCCAAGCAGUCUCUUAUUGAACUCCUUCUUGGCGCUGUUGGUGAUGAUUUGAGGGUUCACUCUGUGGUGGGCAUGGGGGGAUUGGGGAAGACAACUAUGGUUAAAAAGGCUUAUGAUGAUGCCCAAAUCAUAAAACAUUUUCAGCAUCGUGUGUGGAUUACAGUUUCUGAAACAUUCAAGAUUGAGGUUUUGCUGAAAGAUGUAAUUAAGCAACUAGUGAAGCAAACAAAUCAACAACUCCCACAGGAUUUUGAAACCAUAGGCUUUAUUCAAUUGAAAGAUUUUGUUAUAAACAUUCUUUCAGAGCAAAGAUACAUAAUUGUUUUAGAUGAUGUAUGGAGUUUUGAUGUUUGGAGCGCUAUCAAAUAUGCUUUUCCUAGACAAAAGUUUGGUAGUCGAAUAGUGAUCACUACAAGAAAUAGUGAAAUAGGCCGUGAUGCAUGCCAUGAAACCCAAGGUGAUGUCUACAAACUGAAGCUUUUGUCCGAGAAAGAUUCGUUAAGAUUGUUUUGCAAAAAAACAUUUCUAAGUGAUUCAUGUCCUCCACAUUUGGUGAACAUUGCUGAAGAUAUUGUAAAUAAAUGUGGUGGUCUGCCUCUGGCGAUUGUGGUAAUUGCCGGUAUAUUGGCUACCAAGGAUAAAGAUAUUGCAGUAUGGAAAAGUUUCCAGAAUGGUCUAAACUUUCAAUUGGAAACCAAUGAUAGGAUGAAAAACUUGAAGAAUCUAUUAUCCUUGAGUUACUAUGAUCUUCCAUAUUAUCUAAAGUACUGUUUCUUGUACUUUAGCAUCUUCCCUGAGGAUGCCAUCAUAGAAAAAAACAGAGUCAUUCAACUAUGGAUUGCAGAAGGCUUUAUCAAGGAGAAGGGUCAACAAGUGAAAGAAGAAGUUGCUGAAGCUUAUCUCAAUCAGCUAAUCCAUCGAAACUUAAUCCAAAUUGCAGAGAAGACUAUUGCAGGAAGGAUUAUUGGCUUACGAGUUCAUGAUAUUUUACGUGAAAUAAUCCUUUCAAAGGCAUUAGAGCAAAACUUUGCAGUCAUCAUCACUAGACAGAACAAAGAAUGGUCCGACAAGUGUCGACGCCUAAUAAUCCAUAGAUUUGAUGAUGACAUUCUAAAGACCACUUCCUCCAAAAGUCAUAUCCGUUCAUUACAGUUCUAUAAAGAUGCGGUACUGGUUUCAUCUUCAUUAUUAAAGUUGUUGUCCUUUGAUUAUUAUAUUCCUCUGAAGGUGUUGGAUUUAAGAGGUACUGAUCUUGAGAAAAUUCCAAAGGAAGUAUUCAAGUUGUUUCAUUUGAAGUAUUUGAGUUUGAGGUAUACAGGGUUGAGAAAUGUUCCUAAAUCCAUACAAGCUCUUCAGAACAUAGAGAUACUUGACCUGAAGUACACAAAUGUGUUUAAGCUGCCAGUUGAGAUUGGAAAACUUCAUAAACUCCAACAUCUCAUUGUGGCCCAUGCUAUCUUUGGUUUUUAUGCUCCUUUUGAGAUCGGGAGAUUGUUGUCUUUACAAAAUUUGAGUUAUGUACAAGCAAAGAAAACUAAUGGCGUCAAAGUGGUGUCUGAGAUAGGGAAUCUAACACAACUGAGAAAGCUUGGAGUUACAGAUUUGAGACAAAAAGAUGGAAAAGAAUUAUGUUCAUCCAUUGAAAAGUUGACAAACCUUAUCUCUUUAAGGCUUGUGACGGCUGAAGAAAAUGAGAUCCUUGAUAUCCAACAUUCUUUAUCUACCGUUCCUCUUUGUCUUCGUACAUUAAAAUUGAAUGGGCACCUUGAGAGGAUCCCUCAAUGGUUAUCUUCACUUGUAAGCCUAAAUAAACUAGAGUUGCGGCAUAGUUGUGUUCUUGAAGAUCCACUACUGCUUCUCCAAGAUCUACCCAUGUUAGCACAUCUUCUACUUGUUGGGUCUUAUGAAGGUGAAGGGUUGUGUUUCAAGGCUGGAAAGUUCCCAAAGCUCAAGUGUUUGGAUAUUCAGUUCCUCAAGGCACUGAAAUGGAUAAUGGUGGAGGAAGGUGCAAUGCCCCUUCUUGAAGACCUCUGCUUGCGUUACUGCAAAUUGCUUGAACAGGUACCUGCAGGUAUUGAACAUUUGUCUAAACUCAAUUCAAUUAAAUUCAUUCGUUUAAACAAUAAAGUGAUGCUUACUUUAGAACCAAAUGGUGAAAACUACACAAAAAUAUCUCACAUUCCUCACAUUCAAAUUGCUAAAUAAAUUUGUAAAUGGUGAGAUAAUGCAGUUUCUUGAUGGCCAGGACUGUAGUAUGUAUUAAUGUCCAUGUCUGUAUGUACACUUUGUUAUUCGUAAGGCAAUAGUGUUCUAAUUGAAUUUGAUUCAGUAUUUAAUUGUACUUUAUUUUAAUUCAAAUGUUUUGGGAGUAAAUAGAAGUCUUGAACAUCAUAGCUCUUUCAAAUAUGUAUAUUAAUAGAUUGUAUAUU